AUGACGAAAAACAUGCAUUCUACGAGGUCAGAAGUCGGCAGGAAACGAAGAGCCGCGCGGCACGCGACCUGCUUCAUGCUCAUGCCCGACUGCUCGCGCGACAGGUGAAGUCGAAGGCUUCCGGUGAGCAUUAGCAACGGAUGGAGAGCCUUCCGGUCCAACCGUCCAUGUUUUCACGCCGACCCCAGACCCUGAUAUGCUCAUUUCGCAGCUUGCGAGCUUCUCAGCGAGGGUGAGCAGUUUCUCCUACUGAUUCCGAAACUGAAUACAAAAUUUUCCAUCGAAGCUUGCAAAAAAAAAACCAGAAAACAUUGUGCAAAAAAUUUUAAAAAAGUAAUGAGAUGAAUAGAACCUUAGAAACCGUGAGAAAAACCAAGGUCCUUAAAUACAAUACUCACUCAAUCACCAGAGUCUGAAAAAAAAAAACCUUUUUUGUUUGUUUUCGCCUAAUUCUUCCUGAUGCUAUUUUCCGUUUCAUAGCUGUCAUAUUCAAUCGCGAGCGAGAAGAAAAAAAUAUAUACAAAGCUUGCUUGAAAAGCUGCGAAAAAAGUCCGAUACCAAAAAAAGCCGACAAACGCAUUUAACGAGGUUGGCUUCACACACCUGCCAAACAAGGAUCAGAUUAGGACUUCUUAAGAGAUCACAUUUUGGGCAGAUGCGAUUCAAAGUGAUUGUGAGAAAACAGCUAACGUUCAGACUGAAGCUUUGAGUGUACCUUUUGAAGCUGAAGGCAGGUGAUCGAGCACCUGCUUAUCCGGUAGUUUUCUGCCCUGACACAUCAGUCAUUUGGGUCGCAAUUCUUCAAGUUUUGGUGCUUUGCAUACACAAAUGAACAGCCGACUCGCUAUUUUUUUUUACUUCCAUUGAUGAUUUCCCUACAGAAUUUUUCGAUUUGACUAUAAAAUAUCUCAGAAAAAUUAUCUAGCUCUCCACUUCAAAUUUUUUUUUGCAUUGAGUGAUUAUUUAAACAAGAAUUUUUUAUGAAAAAAAUUCAUAAGGCGUGCUCAGCUAUGCGCCCUUUCAAAUAAAAAAAGCUACACAUUCAAAAAAAUGAAACAAAGUAUAGUAACGAAAAGAACCUCGACCCGUGAAUAUCUUCUUUAUAAAUAUGAAUUUUAGACGGUUGAGUUAAUUUCGAAACCUGGAAGAGAACUCAGAAGAACUGAAACAGGACAAGGACGAAUGAUGAAAGUGACAACGGUUACACUGGAUCCGACGAGAGCAUAUAAAACGAAGACAAAUCGCACCCUUAGACGCGAGGCUGAAAGUGCCCCGCGGCACUCCGUCUCAUGCCAUUCGUGUCCGUCGCUCAUUAUCGUCAGCCAGCUGCCGUCGCACUGUCCGCCACUUUUCUACCUUUUCUCUCUGGUCAUUUUAAGUGACAUGCGCUAA